AUUCCCCUCCACCAAUUAUCCACCAAACCAAAAAAAAAAAAUUAUCCACCAAACCAAAUCGCUCCUCUUCACAGCUUUCUAUCUCACAGUUUUUUUUUUUUUUUUAAAGGAAUCUACUUAUUCAUCUUGUUUCUGAAAAGAUUUGGAAUUCAGAGAGCUUAUUCACUGCCUGCCUGAGGCUCAUUCUUGUGGAGUUUAGAUUGUUAACUGGAGUUUUUUUGGUGUAUUUUGCUGGUAACUACACUGGGAUUUGAUGUUUUGUUGUUAAGCGGCACAUUAAAAAGCAUAAACUUAGAGCAUGGACUGAUUUUCUCGAGUAUUUGUUCAAACAAAGGCAUUGGCUUUGCUGAGUAAGAAGGCAGGUUCUAUGGUGGAGCACAACUUAAAGUUUUCAGGGGAAUAUUGGCUGAGAGCUUCAAUGGCAGAGCCCACACCAGUGUCAACUCUAGCCUCUCAAAUAUGCAAUCAGAUUAGCUCUGUUUUCAACCAACCCAUCUCUGGACCCACCGCCCUGGAUGUGAUUGUGGAAGAAGUGGCGGCAACAGCCAAGGGCAACGGCCAAAUCUUCGUUUACGGUGUAGGACGAGAAGGUUUAAUGCUGAAGGCUUUGUGCAUGAGGCUCUUCCAUCUGGGUCUCUCCGCCCACUGCGUCUUCGACAUGACCACCCCGCCAAUCGCUUCUCCUGACCUCUUGAUUGCUUCGGCCGGACCGGGGGGUUUCUCCACCGUCGAUGCAAUUUGCGAGGUAGCAAGAUCCAACGGGGCAAGAGUAGUGUUGCUGACCGCUCAGCCUGAGUCAAAAUCUUCUUGUGUGAAGCAUGCGAGCGUGGUUGCUCAUAUCCCUGCUCAGACUAUGGCGGAUGAUCAGGUUGCUGCUGAUCCCAAAUCUAAGCCAUUGCUUCCGAUGGGAAGCCUGUAUGAAGGGGCCAUGUUUGUGCUAUUUGAGAUGGUAGUCUUCAAACUGGCUGAGGUUUUGGGUCAGAGUUCAGAGGUCAUUCGUGCUCGCCAUACUAAUCUUGAGUAGAAUGGCUGAGUUCUAAAACUUAAUUGCCAGGACACUUGGGAUUGACCCAAUCAUGUUAAUCACUCUGGCUUUGCAAGAAAAUCAGUCUUGAACUUCUGUUUUAGUCAUAUGUAUGUAUGAAAUACAUUAGCAUUUUCUUUGUGGGAUUUCAUGUAUUGACUCCGAUGCAAUAAAAUACAAAAUGCUGAAUUUCCUAUUCCAAA